CGCCGGUGCCCGCGUGCCCGCCGCGUCCCCGCGCCCGGUCCCUAUGGAGGCGCCGCUCGCCGGCGAGGCCGCCGACCAUGCCUAGGAGAGCCGGGAGCGGGCAGCUGCCGCUACCCCGGGGCUGGGAGGAGGCCAGGGACUACGACGGCAAGGUCUUCUACAUCGAUCACAACACCAGGAGGACCAGCUGGAUCGACCCCCGGGACAGGUUAACGAAGCCAUUGUCCUUCGCUGAUUGUGUCGGGGAUGAGCUGCCAUGGGGAUGGGAAGCAGGGUUUGACCCCCAGAUUGGUGCCUACUACAUCGAUCACAUCAACAAAACCACACAGAUUGAAGAUCCGAGAAAACAGUGGCGGGGUGAGCAGGAGAGGAUGCUCAAGGACUAUCUCUCCGUGGCCCAGGAUGCACUCAGGACACAGAAGGAGCUGUACCACGUGAAGGAACAGAGGCUGGCCCUGGCCCUCGAUGAGUAUGUCCGCUUAAAUGACGCCUACAAGGAAAAGUCAAGUUCUCGCACAAGCCUCUUCUCAGGGUCUUCAUCUAGCACUAAGUAUGAUCCUGAUAUUUUAAAAGCUGAGAUCUCCACCACGCGAUUAAGGGUUAAGAAGCUGAAGAGAGAACUCUCCCAGAUGAAGCAAGAACUUCUCUAUAAAGAGCAAGGUUUUGAAACACUUCAACAAAUUGAUGAAAAGAUGUCUGGAGGCCAGAGUGGGUAUGAACUUAGCGAAGCCAAAGCCAUCCUGACGGAACUGAAGUCCAUCAGAAAAGCCAUCAGCUCAGGAGAAAAAGAAAAGCAAGAUCUGAUGCAGAGUCUUGCUAAGCUGCAGGAACGCUUUCAUUUGGAUCAGAACAUGGACAGUUCCGAGCCAGACCUGAGAUCUAGCCCUGGGAACUCUCACCUCUCCCUGUCCAGACAGACCCUUGAUGCUGGCUCACAGACAAGCCUUUCUGGAGAUAUUGGGGUACGGAGCAGAUCAAAUUUAGCUGAAAAGGUCAGGCUGAGUCUCCAGUAUGAAGACGCCAAGAGAAGCAUGGCUAACUUGAAAAUUGAACUGUCCAAGUUGGACAGCGAGGCCUGGCCCGGGGCCCUGGACAUGGAGAAGGAGAAGCUGAUGCUGAUUAAUGAAAAGGAAGAGCUCUUGAAGGAGCUACAGUUCAUCACCCCGCAGAGACGCACGCAGGACGAGCUGGAACGCCUGGAAGCCGAGCGCCAGCGGCUGGAGGCGGAGCUGAUUUCCACGCGGGGCUUGCCGAGCAGGGCUCUGGCCGAGAGAUUGAAAUUAGAAGAGAAAAGGAAAGAGCUAGUACAGAAACUUGAAGAAACUACUAAAUUAACUACUUAUUUGUAUUCACAACUGAAAAGCCUCUCCUCCAGCACCCUGUCCAUGUCAUCUGGGAGCAGUCUGGGGUCGCUGACAUCCAGUCGGGGCUCUCUGAACACCUCCAGCAGAGGGUCCCUCAACUCGCUCAGUUCCAGUGACCUCUACUACUGCAGCCACGGCGAGCAGAUGGACGCAGAUUAUCAGUAUAAACUGGACUUCCUUCUUCAAGAGAAGGGCGGCUACAUUCCUUCUGGACCCAUCACCACCAUCCACGAGAAUGAGGUGGCCAAGUCUCCCAGCCAGCCUGGGCAGAGUGGACCCUGUGGGGUGGCAGUCGCCGCCACCAGCCACACUCCCCCACUGACCGAGGCCUCCAAGUCAGUGACGUCCCUUUCCUCCAGGUCCUCUCUUUCAUCCUUGUCCCCUCCCGGCUCUCCUCUGGUCUUGGACAGCACAUUUCCGGUGUCUUCUCAUGACACCUCUCCGCACCAAUUCACUGUGGACUUUGAGGACUGUGGAUUAAGUAGCCACUUUGCUGACAUUGGCCUUGGGGAGAAUCAGGUCUUGCUGGAUUCCGAUUCAGGAGUGUCCCAGUCUCUCUUAGAGGAUAAGGUCCUUGAUGAGUGCACGGGAGAGCUGCUGUAUGAAGGGACAACAGAUGUGGAAAAGUCCUUACCCAAAAGAAGAGGGAUCCAUCUGCGUGGAGACAAAACUGCCUGUGUGUCAGCCGCUGCCUCUGAUGAGUCUGUGGCUGGAGACAGUGGGGUCUACGAAGCUUCCAUGAAACAGCCUGGUGAAAUGGAGGACACUCCCUAUAAUGAAGAGGAUGUCACCAUUGUGGAGACCACCCAGGUGCAGAUAGGACUCAGAUAUGAGACCAAAAGUGCCAGCUUCAUGGUGAUCGUCGUACAACUCCGAAAUCUCCAUGCCUUCUUGAUACCUCAUUCUUCAAAAGUGUAUUUUAGGGUCGCUGUGCUUCCCUCCUCGGCAGAUGUGAGCUGUCUGUUUCGAACAAAAGCCCAUCCACCCACGGAAUCUGUGCUCUACAAUGAUGUGUUCCGGGUGGUCAUUUCUCAGGCAGCCCUGCAACAGAAGACCCUCAGAGUCGACCUUUGCUCUGUCAGUAAACACCGUGGAGAAGAAUGCCUGGCUGGGACUCAGAUCAGCCUGGCAGAUUUACCAUUUUCCAACGAGAUUUUCAUGCUGUGGUAUAAUUUACUUCCUUCCAAGCAAAUGCCUUGCAAAAAGAAAGAAGAAACCGAGGCACCUGCAGUUCAGACAGCUGAGCCGGAACUGGAGUCUAUAGACUUGGAUGCUGUGUCAGCCUUACUUGUAAGAACUUCAGCCGAGCUCUUGGCCGUGGAACAAGAGCUGGCCCAUGAGGAGGAGGACGAGGAGGAUGAGGAGCUGAGGCCUGAAGAACAGCGGGGUCCAGGGGGAGAUUGCUUAACAAUGCUCAGAGAGGCCUCUGAUGAAACCGUGGCUGCUAAGGAGGCUGAAGGUCACGCGGCGGAGGGCAGCCACUGCACAGGAAACCUGAGUUCAUGUACAAGCAGACCCGAGACGAGUGAAGACCAGUAUAGGAAAGGAAAUGAUCAUGCUGAAGGCCCUGGUCGGCCACCAACUGGAAUGCCCACCCUGGUCGAUAAGGAGACAAAUACUGAUGAAGCAGUGCCUGGCGAUAUGGCGGUUCGCCCCAAAGACCGCAGCGGCCUGAGCUCUCGACAGCACCCCUUCGUGAGGAACAGCAUGAUAGUGCGCUCGCAGACCUUCUCCCCGGGCGAGCGAAGCCAGUACGUCUGCAGGUUAAACCGGAGCGACAGCGACAGUUCGACCUUGGCCAAAAAAUCACUGUUUGUGAGGAACUCCACGGAGCGGCGCAGCUUGCGCGUUAAAAGGGCAGUCUGCCAACCCACCCUCAGGAGGACUGCUCAGGAAUGCCCCGUACGCACAUCUCUAGACCUGGAGCUGGACCUGCAGGCCUCGCUGACCCGCCAGAGUCGCCUUAAUGAUGAACUACAGGCCCUGAGGGACUUGCGGCAGAAACUGGAGGAGCUGAAAGCUCAGGGAGAGACUGACCUUCCCCUGGGUGUGCUGGAGGAUGAGAGAUUCCAGAAGCUUCUGAAGCAAGCAGAGAAGCAGGCUGAGCAGACAAAGGAGGAGCAGAAACAAGACCUGAACGCAGAGAAGCUGAUGAGGCAGGUCUCCAAGGAGGUGUGCCGGCUGCGGGAGCAGAACCGGAAGGUGCCUCGACAGGUGCAGUCCUUCAGAGAGAAGAUUGCCUACUUCACGAGAGCGAAGAUCAGCAUCCCAUCCCUGCCAGCUGACGACGUGUGACCUCGUGGCUUAACAUGACUUCUCGCCUGCUCACUGUCCGAGGAAGGGUCAAAGACUGAACCUUUACUGUUUUUGUUGUUUUCUAUUUUUUUCGUCAGGGGGGCGGGGCUCUUGUUUCCUGUAACACAACUGUCAACUCUUGAAGAACUUUGAUUUCACACCGAUUUCAUCAGGUUAAUUUGUCAAGUACUUUGAAUGUAACUCUUCCAUGCUUUGAGAAGUACAAAACCUUCACAGAAUGAAAAUGGGGUGAUCUGGUCCACGCGUGUUGUACAGUGUGUGUGUGUGUGUGUGUGUGUGUGUGUGUGUGUGUGUGUGUGUGUGUGUGUGUGUGUGUGUUACCCCUGGGUUUCACUGUGCGGAACAGAGGCAGCGAGUGCCCGGGUCGGCGCUGAGCCAGCUGCAGGGGGCAGCCAUCCAGGAGCUGAGACUCGGGUACCACAUCAUACUCCUGAGCUAGAGAGCCACACUCUCCAUCCAAAGUGCACGCAAGCAAGCAUCGCUCUCAGUGCACCCGAAACAGGUGUCCUGUUCCUCCCGUGGGCUUUGGCUGGCCACCUUGUUUCUGCAAGAUAACUCUUUCUGCUCUCCUAAACUUGUCUAAAGAAAACCAAAGUAUGAAGUGCUGGGUGCAAGAAUACGAAAAGCAAAGGCAUAUUCCUACUGCAGAGAGAAAAGAAGGGGCCCCCAGGUCCCAAAAAAUACACUAAGGAAACUCACCUCCUGCUUGAGUAGUUCUAACGCAAUCUGAACCUGCAGGGCUUUGUCCGUUUCUGGCCACACCAGGUUUUGUCCUAGGGAUAAAGACAAAGCCAAGGAGAAGCAUGUGGUGGCCCUGGGCUCUGAUGACAGUGCAGAGGGAACACAUAUUCACUAGCUAAGAUCGGAGGUCAGGGUGCAUCUUAAUGAGAUCAGACAUACUAGACCUUAUUUAUCAGCUGUCAUCUUUAGGAGACUCUAUCAGAGACUCAUAGAAAGCUGUCGGAAGCAGAAGCAAAGGGUGUGCCUGAGGGGACUCGCAGUGUGGACUGCGUCAUUUACAAAUACAUAUUCUGGGGGAACAAGCUUGAGAUAGAAAUUGGUCAAAGUGUCCUGUUCUCUGGGUUAGGUUUUAACUCUCCAGACCAGACCUGGGCACUUCUUUUAAAAAAAGAAAGAAAGAAAGGCUCAGCAUAGCUUUGCCAGCAUAAAAGUGUUAAAAUACAUAGUUUUUAGGUAAUUUAAACCAUACUUAGUCUGUCAUACUGGAAGAAGCCGUGUUUUGGUGAGCCAUCUUAUAUAGCAAGCUAAAUUAUUUUUAUUUUUUAAUGCAAAAUAAUUUUAUAGGAAUUUUUAAAAAAGAAAGUUUAGGCAAGAAAAAAACCUGUUUGUUUAAAGAAGAGUUAUGUUCUGCUGGAAUCCCCCCAUUAGUAAGAAUUUUUAUCUUCCUGAAUCUAUGCAUAUUUUAGAAAGUUCCUUUUAUCAGAAUCAAAAUUUACACUUAACCAGAACGUCAAUUAUCAAGUUACUGCACCUAAGACUUCAACCGUUUUCCCUCUAAAUGUUCCGCAGCUUCUACCCAAGUUCUUAGAAGAUGUAACUGGAGGUGCACCACUUGGAACAAAAAGCAGCCUAGUGGCAGACUGAGCCCAGACUGCCCUGUAGGUGACUGGAGGAAGCUAGAGUGCCAUCCAUCCUUGUCAAGGUCAAAUGUGAACAGCAGGGUUUUAUUUAAUAUAGCGCUCAAUAAAGGUCAGCUGUCUUCAGCAUCAUAUUUGACCCAUGAAAAUGUUCAUAGAAUUUUGUGUAGUGGUACCGUACGAUUUUAUUUUCAUUUAUUUAUUUGCGGCCUUAUUUAUGUUCUGUUUAAUAUAUAGUUUGGUCCUGGCCAUCUUAAAUGUUGGGCUUUACAAGAGGUUAUAUUGGAGUAUUUACAGCUUUAUGAUCUUCAUCAGAUUUAUUGCUAACUUUUUGUAAUUCAAAAAGUCUCAGAUGAGUAUUAAAGAAUAAAGUGUGUCUCAGGCUGGUAGUUCACGGUUGUGACUGGGGGACUUUGAUUUUAUUUUUACAAAACAUGCUCAUUUUGAACAUGAGGGAGAAACUGAUUCUAGUAGAGGCCUUUGCCCACACUCUGAAAGUCAGCGAUGGUGCUGUGUACUGACAUUAUAGGCAGCCUUAUGCCGGCUGUCACAUUUGCAUUAACCCAUGACUCCAAAAGCAUCCUACUAACUCAUCAUAAAACCCAAUGGACACAUAAAAAUUUUAAUAUUAUUAGAAUAUUUUUAAAGGUAGAAUUUCUUCUGCACAGGAUAAAAAGGAUUUCCUAUUUAGCUCUCACAUGUGGAUUAUCAGUAUAUUAUUAGUUUUAUAGAUCAGACCCUCAAGUGUUACAGGCACAAGAAGGGUAUUACUUGCCAAAUGAACAAAGUUUAACUGAGUCUCCAGUAGCAAACAAAUUAAAUACAUUUAAAAUUUUUUUGCUAUGAAUUUAUAUUAUAUUAAAUAUGAGAAUCUCAGGACUGAACUAAAUAUUUCAUCAGGUUAAAUUCUGAAUGUUUCUGUUUUCACUUGUGCUGUUUGUAAAAGUUUGCAAAUACAUCACACAGAUAGAUGACCUUGCAUGGUGGCACUUUCCAUGUGUUUCUGGAUGAAAAAUAAGUUCAAUGAUUUAAAAAAAAACAAAAACAAAGAUACCUAUUUCCUAAUACUGUAUUCUAAUGUUGCUUAUUGUUCGGUUAAUUUCCCUGAUUGGCACAAAUACAAGAAUCUACUUGAACCAUGUACCAAGCAAAUAUAAAAUGUUCCAUGAAGAAUUCUUCAA